UCAGCGGAUAGAGUUGCGGACGUUUGCGAUUAAAAAAAAGGUAUUGUUCUUCUUUUAACAAAUCAAUCUUAAGGAUGGAUCACAAAAGAUAUGUUCAAGAAUUUGAUCAGUCUUGGGAAGUUAAUUAUUUCUUCGGUUACAUUUCCGAUCGAACGGUUUGUUUACUUUGCGGUUUUGAACCUUCGGUAGUAAAAAAAUUUGCAAUAGAAAGGCAUUUCAGAAAUCGUCAUGCAAUCGAUUAUUCGAAUUACUCACAUUCAGAAAAGUUAAGUGUUAUCGAAGGAUUAAAAUUAGUUUAUCAAGAAGAUGCAAUACCUUCUUCGAAUUCUUCUUCUCAAAAAUCCCGAUUAGCCUCUUAUGCUAUUUCUUUGCUUAUAGCACAAAAUUCAAAACCCUUUACUGAAGGUACUUUCGUGAAAAACUGUAUCAUCGAAGCAGUGAAAGCUUUCGGUAAUUCUUUGAGUCUUAACGAAGCAUUGAGUAUUCCCCUUAGUGCGAAAACUAUUACUUCGAGAAUUACUGAUAUUAGUAAUUCUUUAACAGAGAAAUUAAAAAAUCUUUUAAAGUCCUGUACGUAUUUUUCUUUAUGCUUGGAUGAGAGCACCGAUAUUCGACAUAUGAGCCAACUGAGUAUUUUUAUUCGAAUCGUGCAAGACGAUUUCUCAUAUGUCGAGGAGCUGUUAGAUUUCGUCUCGUUACAUGACACAACAACUGGUCUUGAUAUUUUUUUAGCAGUUGAUGACUCGCUUAAAAAAUUUGACAUAGACUUCAGUAAAUGUUUUUCGGUUACAACCGAUGGCGCAAAAGCUAUGACAGGUUCGAAGAUAGGAUUCGCCGGUCAAUUAAAGCAGCGAAACAUUAACAUCCCUAUUAUUCACUGCAUAAUUCAUCAGGAAGCACUAAGUGGCAAAGUUAUUAAACUGUCAACAGCUAUGGAGACUGUAACUAAAAUCAUAAAUAUAAUUAAAGGUGGACAGAACUUCCUUAGUCAUCGGAAAUUUCAAUCAUUUCUCCAUGAACAUAAUGCUAUCCACACAGAUGUCCCACUUCAUUGUCCAGUACGUUGGCUUAGUGCUGCAAAAUGUUUGGAAAUAUUUUUUUCAAUAAGAAAAGAGAUCCUCCUUUUCAUUCAAGAAAAAAACAAUCAAAAAUUUCAGGAAUAUAUAUCUCUUUUAGAAAAUAUAACAUUUCUUUCCGAACUUGCCUUCAUUACUGACAUGACUAAUCAACUUAGGCUUCUCAAUUUAAAGCUGCAAAAACCAACUCAAAAUAUUUCCCAAUUAGUUAGUCAUGUUGAUUCUUUCCGAAGCAAAUUACAGUUAUUUAAAUCUGAUUUAAAUAACAACAUUUUUCAUUAUUUUCCUUCUUGCCAGAUUCUUUUCGAAGAACACGGCAGUAGCUGUAAUUUCAAAGAAAAUAUUCAUUUCGUAGAUUCUGUUAUAGAAGAAUUCGAUACGCGUUUCACCUGCUUCGAAAAACUUCGAACAGAAUUAAUUCUUUUCGAGAAUCCUCUUACAGCGCCAAUCGCAGAACAGCAGAUUAAUUUACGGGAUGAAUUAUGUGACCUACAAAAUGAUAUUUCUCUGAAAACGGUUCAAGAAACCGGUGCAGAAUUUUAUAACGUUUUAUCAAAAUCAACCUACCCCAAGCUUCGAGAUUUCGGACUCCGAAUUUAUUCUAUGUUCGGAUCCACAUAUUUAUGUGAGACUUCUUUCUCGAAAAUGAAGUUUAUUAAAAAUGAAAAACGUUCUUGUUUAAGCAACAAUUCUUUACCGCGUCUUAUGCGUCUUGCUACGUGCAAUAUGCAGAUCGACGUUCCUGCUGUCGCUUGUAAAAAAGCCUGA